AUGCAACCUGCUACUCAUGCCGACAAACGUUCACCUUUCUCGAUAGCCACCAAGGUUAUUGUUAACCCACCAGAAACAGACAACAAGUUUAUCUCGCAUCCAAUGUUCCCACAUCCGGAUAUGGAAAAAAGUGAUUGUGAAGCUGUUGACUUUGCCCAUCGCCCACCACAGACGAUUGGUGAUAGUAUUGCUGACCGCGCUGUCAAGUUUUGUCGUGCCUCUUUUGACCUUGUGACAGGUUACAAGAAACCAGAAACACUUAACGGUGAGUUGCAAUGGUACAAGGGAACAAGAUAUGAGAUGACAGAGGGGAAAUGGUUGACCAGAUGUAUUUUCCUUGAGAGUAUUGCCGGUGUUCCUGGUAUGGUUGGAGGUUUCCUCAGACAUUUGAGCUCCUUGAGAUUGUUGAAGAGGGACAAGGCGUGGAUCGAAACCUUGUUGGAUGAGGCUUACAACGAGAGAAUGCAUCUCCUUACAUUUAUCAAAUUAGGAGAUCCUUCUUGGUUUACCCGUUCCAUUAUCUACGUUGGACAAGGUGUCUUUGCAAACUUGUUCUUCAUGGUUUACCUGUUUAAGCCAAAGUACUGCCACAGAUUUGUCGGAUACCUUGAGGAGGAAGCUGUGAGAACAUAUACACAUCUUCUUAAGGAUAUAGAUGCUGGCAACUUACCAAAGUUCAACGAGACAAAGCUACCAGAGAUUGCCUGGACAUAUUGGACCGAUUUGGACGAGAACAGCUCUUUCAGGGAUUUGAUUUUGAGAGUGAGAGCUGAUGAGGCCAAGCACAGAGAGGUUAACCACACACUGGCUAACUUGGAUGUCAAAAAAGAUAGAAACCCGUUCGGUAUGAAAUUGCCAGGAGUGCCAGUUGAUGAACAACCUGAUGCAUAUAGUCUGAAGAGCGCAAAACCAACUGGUUGGGAAAGAAAGGACCUCACUCUAUGA